CGGGUCUUGCGCUGCUGCUGGUGUGCAGAGAUUCGGUUCCGAGCACAGCGGACAAAAACAGCGGUCAAACCUGACGCUUUUUACUUUACACCUAUAUUCAGGACGCAAAAUAAAUGGGAAUAAUGCAUCCCUGGUUCAAACAGAAAAGGGUGGUCCGCUCUUUCACAGACUGAAUGCAAAGCAAAACAAUCCGCCAGCCUGUCUCUCUCUCUUCAGCGCCGCGCUCAGUUUAUAUCUUUUUCUUUCUGUUUGUCCUUCUCUCUUCUGUUUUUUUCUUCUGCUACAGAAUCCUCCAGGACGUAUUUUUAAAGGAUUCUUAAGCCGGUGAGAUGGGUGCAUUUCUGGAUAAGCCAAAGAUGGAGAAGCACAAUGCUCACGGGGUUGGGAACAACUUGCGCUAUGGCCUGAGCAGCAUGCAGGGCUGGCGCGUGGAGAUGGAGGAUGCACACACUGCUGUCAUUGGUCUGCCCAACGGCCUCGACCCCUGGUCUUUCUUUGCUGUUUACGACGGGCAUGCGGGUUCACAGGUGGCACGUUACUGCUGCGAGCACCUCCUGGAGCACAUCAUCAGCAACCCUGACUUCCAGGGUGGUGGUGGAGGUGGGGUUGAGAACAUGGAGCCCAGCAUGGACAGUGUAAAAUCUGGAAUCCGUACGGGUUUCCUGCAGAUCGAUGAUCACAUGAGGCAGAUUUCGGAGAAGAAGCAUGCUGGUGCCGACCGCAGCGGCUCGACAGCCGUCGGUGUGAUGAUCUCCCCCCGCCACAUCUACUUUAUCAACUGUGGAGACUCGCGGGGGCUCAUGAGCCGUGGAGGGGCUGUGCACUUCUUCACAAAGGACCACAAACCCAGCAACCCACUGGAGAAGGAGCGAAUCCAAAAUGCUGGAGGAUCUGUGAUGAUUCAGCGUGUGAAUGGGUCCCUGGCAGUUUCCAGGGCUUUGGGGGACUUUGAUUAUAAGUGUGUGCAUGGGAAGGGUCCCACGGAGCAGCUGGUGUCGCCGGAGCCUGAGGUGUAUGCUAUCGAGCGGUCGGAGGCAGAGGACGAGUUUAUUGUUCUAGCUUGUGAUGGGAUCUGGGAUGUGAUGGCAAAUGAGGAGCUCUGCGAUUUUGUUCGUUCGAGGCUUGAGGUUACCGAUGAUCUGGAAAGGGUCUGCAAUGAAAUUGUAGAUACCUGUUUGUACAAGGGAAGCCGUGACAACAUGAGUGUUGUGUUGGUGUGUUUUGUUGGUGCACCGAAGGUUUCCCCCGAAGCUGUCAAAAGGGAGGCGGAACUUGAUAAGUACCUGGAGGGCAGAGUAGAAGAGAUCCUUAAGAGGCAGGGGGACGAGGGUGUGCCAGACCUGGUACAUGUGAUGCGUAUGUUAUCAUCUGAGAGCAUCCCCAACCUACCACCUGGAGGAGAGCUGGCCAGCAAGCGGAGUAUAAUUGAAGCAGUAUACAACAAGCUUAACCCAUACAGGAACGAGGAUACAGACUCUGCAUCCACGGAUGACAUGUGGUAGCCCCGCACCUUUAAACACUGCACAGAGAAUCCUUCCACAGGACCCGGCACCAGAACUCUGCACAAGAACCCUCAACCAGACAACUACAACAGAAACUGCACAAGAACCUUACCACAGCCCAGCUCAGCUGCUCUGAACUGUUAAGGAAGAGAAAGAGGAUGGAGUUGAGGGCUCCCUCCCUUGUUCACAUAAUCUUCCCUCUCAGAGCAAGGCAAUGGUACCUUCUGGAAAUUUCUGCAUAUUAUUUUGUCCCGAAUCGCUCUCCUCCUUCCCAAAACCUUGUAUCCGUAACAUCACCCACUUAUAAAAAAUCCAACACUUAUUUUCCAUUUUGAUUUUUUUUUUUUUUUUGGUUUUGGGUGUAAUUAUUAAUUUGAUUCACAUUUCCUUGUGUGUAUAUUUCAGCUUUUAUUUCUGUGAAGUGCAAUUGUCUUGUACAAAGAAAAGCCUGUAUCAAAUGCAGCUUGAGUUUAAAGUUUAUAAAAAAAAAAAAAUGCACACAUUUAUUCCCUGCCUGCUUUUCUGUUUCCUCUCCAACCGCUGAAGCCCAGCACACUGUCUGCCUCUCAUAUGUCUCCCUAGUUUCCUUUUUAAUUCUUUCUUUUUUAAACAAAAUAAUGUUUUGUAUUGUUACUUUUUAUGUGAAACGGGUAAAUGAUAUGGGCUCACAGCACAGUAUAGUAAGCUUUGUGUAAAUCCCACAGCACAGAUGACAGUAAUUAUGUUCUUCUCUCAGUACUACUGAUUUUCUUCUGGUGAGGUGGGUGUUUUUUCCCCUCUUCCUCUGAGGAAACUGCUUUAACAUUUGCUUAAAGGAAUGUUCUGGGUUCGAUUCAAGUUAAGCUUAAAUGACAACAUUUGCAGCAUAAAACCGUCCCUCUUUAAAAAAAAAAAAAAAGCAAAAUUUGCUGUUACCGUAAGGUGCUUACAGUGAUAGUGAUUGGAGAUUUCAUAAACAUUCAAAUGAACUUUUUUUUUAAUAGUAUAGUCACAAGAUGUAAACAUUAUGCUUUUAAACAUGAAUUUAGAGUGAUAAAAUCGCUUAAUAAUCUGUGUGAAGUUAUUACCAUUAUUACAGCUUUAUUGACAUUGCAACCUAGUCCCUGUUAACCAUGUAAUAUGGUUCAUGCCUUUACCCAGUUAAAUCACUAAGUUUAUUACACUAAAAUCAUGUUAACACAUAUAAUCACAUCUUUACAUCUUGUGUUUAAGCUUUUGCAGUGGUGUGCAUGCUAGUGUUUAUGGUUUGGCCAUAUUCACAUCCCUUGUAAAUGCCUCAAUGUUUUUAUUUUGUUAUUAUUUUAAAUUUUUUUACAAAUGAGGGACAAUUCAUAGUAACUUUCUGAAAUGAAUGAUCAUCAUGCCACAAAUGCAGAUUGAGCUUAAGUUGUAUUGAUCCUGGAACAUUCCUUUGAACUAAGCUGAACUUGUGUGUGCAUGAGGGAGAUAUAACUAGUGUGUGUGUGUGUGUGUGUGUGUGUGUGUGUGUGUGUGUGUGUGUGUGUGUGUGUAAGAGGGUGCAUGUU